AUGACGACUCAAAGUGGCUUUGAUUACAUGCGCUCGAGCACCCUUGUGGACUGUGAUACCUUGGAUGAUGAAGGAAUCGUGCAGCUAUUUCAGCACGUGCAACCCGGUUUCGAUGGCACUCGCAUUGCUAUCAAGAUCCCGAGUACCUGGGAAGGCAUGCUGGCAUGUCGCACGCUCGAACUAGCCGGUGUUCGUACCCUUGCCACUACUCUGUUUAGCAUGCCGCAAGCCGUACUUGCUGCUGAAGUGGGCUGUACAUAUGUGGCCCCUAUUGUGGAUGACCAAAAGCUGCUAUCUCUCUGCGUCGCCAUUCAGCAAUACUACAAGUCUGUUCAAGCCCCGACCAAGGUUCUACCGGCGAGCUUGACAUCGACCGAGGAGAUCUUUAUGCUUGCUGGGGCGGACCAUCUCACGAUUGCACCUCAUUUGCUGGCACAGUUGACACAGCCCAUGUCCAUUGAUGUCAAAUCCUUGUUUGAUUCUGCACCACUCGAGCCCGUUCCGCUGCCAGGUACAUCGUAUAUUCAUGACCACGGUCGAUACCAGAUUACAUUUGUUCGGGACAGAGGCGGCGCCAGUCAAAGGAAACUAACCGAGGCGGCCAAUCUCAACAUCGAGGCUUUGAGUGGCAUUUGUGGCUCGAUCUCAAUUGCUUGCUGGGUUGUCGUAUUCUCACCUCAGAUCAUUGAGAAUUUUCGCCGUGGCUCUGCCGAUGGUCUAUCCCUUCUCUUUCUGAUCGUCUGGCUAGCUGGUGAUGUCUUCAAUAUUCUUGGCGCCGUCCUACAGGGCGUGCUUCCAACAAUGAUCAUUCUCGCUGUUUAUUACACCCUUGCGGAUAUUGUUCUUCUAGGGCAAUGUUUCUACUACCGGGGCUUUAACAUUCGGGAUGAAUUCUCUUCAUCACCGUCUCCGGAACCCGGUCCGGUCGCUACUGGUGCUCUGGACAGCGAAGGAAGUACUGUCUCUGAGGUCGGGGUAGCGCCGACAGAACGAUCAGCUUUGCUGCCAAAGCCAAAUGGACAUGUCCAAAUUCAGGAUCCCGCUGGGAAUGCAGCUAAAGCACAAGAUCCUCAAGACCGCGCUCGUCCCACGUCGUCCUCGUCGGCACAACGCAGACGACCCUCCGCUUCGUCGUUCAGGGACAUUGUGCAUCUCCAUGUAGAUGGGACACACCUGUCCCCUGCGACCCCUUUCAUCGAGCCAGACUCCGAUAAAGCUCGUUAUCAACGACGUCGCCGUCGUAUCACUACUAUUCAGGCCAUUCUCUUCAACACCACAGCCAUUGGUCUCGUCUGUGCUGCUGGUAUCCUCGGCUGGUACGUUAGCCUGGGAUCCAAGAAAUCGAAAUCAGACCCCGAGCCUCUCACUUUGGACCCUCUUGGUCAGGCCUUUGGAUACUUGUGCGCUGUGUUCUAUCUCGGCUCACGAGUCCCUCAGCUGCUACUCAAUUACCGCCGCAAGUCUACGGAUGGAGUCUCUUUGUUGUUCUUCCUGUUCGCCUGUAUUGGUAACUUGACCUACGUCUUGUCUAUCAUGGCAUACUCCCCAGUCUGCCAAGGUACAGCGUCAGUCACGAACAGUGUGGACGAUUUCUCGCGCCGCUAUCGCCCGCAUUGCCGUCCUGGAGAAGCGGCAGCCUUAUAUGGACGUUAUGUCCUGGUGAAUCUGUCCUGGCUUGUGGGCAGUUUUGGAACUUUAUUGUUGGAUAUGGGAAUUUUCGUGCAGUUCUUCUUGUAUAGGGAUGAGAAGAGUUUGGAUGAAGAGUAUGAUGAAGAGUAUGAUGAAGAAUGA